AUGACUGAAGUAAAUUCAGAAUCGGUGACCAAACCUUUAGAUCCAUCGAAAAAAGUCAAGGAUCCACGUCGUGUCGAAGCGGGAAAAAGACUGGCAAAAAUAAGUCAACAGGCUAAAGCUGCGAAAAAAGCAAGGGCCGAAGAAAAUCUAAAAGCCGGAGUUCGCGAAAGUUGUAUGACGGAAAAUGAUGGAGGAUGGAUUUCCGUCGAUAAAUUAUGUUUGGUUUUAGGCGUGGGAAUCGGGUUGGGAUCGUUGUAUCUGACGUGGCGACGUGAUGAAAAAAAUCCUGCGAAACAAGUGGAUGAGAUUGUAGGUGAUAAUGUGAACGGUGAUGUGGAAAAAGAUCCGCCGAAAGAACCGUUCGACGACUUGUUUGAUUGA